GCACCCCUCAGCUUCAUUUCCCACUUCCCUGCCUAUUGAGUUUGUUUCUCUGGGAGCGGGAAUCUCUUAGGAGGAAGACAUUUGAAGUUUAAGAACACUAUGGAGCUCAUCAGAGUGUGUUACUGAAAAAUAUGAUGGAUGAAAACAAUUUUAAAAUGCUAAAGAUUCAGGAGUGUGUAGAAGCCAACAAAGUGCCUAGAAACAGGCCAUAUAUUUGCAAUAUUUGCUUCAAGCAGUUUGAAACACCAUCAAAACUGGCUAGACAUUAUCUCAUUCAUACUGGUCAAAAACCAUUUGAAUGUGAUGUUUGUCAUAAAACAUUUAGACAACUAGUUCAUCUGGAGAGGCAUCAGCUAACUCAUAAUCUGCCUUUUAAAUGUAGUAUUUGUCAACGCCACUUUAAAAAUCUGAAGACGUUUGUGAAGCACCAGCAACUUCACAAUGAAACCUAUCAGAAUGAUGUUAAGCAGGUCAGAAGAUUGCUGGAGGCCAAGCAAGAAAAGCCAGUAUACGGAGUGUAUAACACUUUUACCAGCGAUGAGAGAUGGGCAUUACACUCAUGCUCUAAGCCUGAUCCCACGUACAGUACAACGAAGAGAAGAAAGAGUAUUCAUGCAUGUACAAUCUGUGGCAAGAUGUUUCCGUCACAAUCAAAACUUGAUAGGCAUGCACUUAUUCAUACUGGUCAGAAGCCUUUUAAAUGUGUCCUGUGCAGUAAAUCUUUCCGACAGUCAACUCAUUUAAAAAUCCACCAACUCACACAUUCAGAAGAAAGACCUUUUCAAUGUUGUUUUUGUCAAAAAGGAUUUAAGAUUCAAAGCAAACUUCUGAAGCAUAAACAAAUCCAUACUAGGAAUAAGACUUUUCAGACUCUUUCAUUAAAGGUGAAGAGUCCAGAAUCAUGCCCCCUGCCUAAUAAAUUAAAUACAAAGCAAGAUGGUUUUGAAAAUGGCGAUAUGGGUGAAUCUGAGAAUAAUCCACUUGAUGUUCACUCUAUUUAUAUUGUCCCUUUUCAGUGUUCAGAGUGUGAAGAAUGUUUUGAAUCAGAGCAGAUUCUCAAUGGACACAAGUGUUUUCCUGCCAGAGGUGGCAAAAUUCCAAGGAGGCUCAAAAGAAGCUACAACUAUAAAACCAUUGUUAAAAAAAUCUUGGCCAAGCUUAGACGUGCUGGGGGUAAAAAAUUAGAUAACUUUCGAACAGAGAAAAAGGUAUUUAAAAACAGUUUUUUGAAAAAUAAUGAUAUAAUUUCUGGUGAGCAGAACUCUGAACAAGCCCAGAGAACAUUUGUGGGUUCUCUUGGCAAACAUGGAACAUUUAAAACAGUUGGUAAUAAAAAGAAGAAAAUAUUGACUUUGCCAUUUUCUUGGCAAAAGCAAUUCCAGAGCCAAAAUAUGGGGAAAAAUUUAAAAGAUGUCCUUAUGACAGAAAGCAUAUUAACUAUGGAUAGUUCAGUGAAUAAUAAAGACUUGUCCAUCUAUGGUUCAUCAGGUGAGGAACUCUUUAAUAACUGUGAAGUGCUUCAGUGUGGUUUUUCAGUUCCAAGUGAAAAUAUACAUAAUGGACAUAAGAUGUUUCCUUGUGAUAAAUGUGAGAAAGUUUUUCCUUCUGUAUCCAAACUACAAAGACACUAUUUAAUUCAUACUGGACAGAGGCCUUUUGCCUGUAGUGAUUGUGGGAAAUCUUUUAGACAGUCAGCUCACUUAAAAAGACAUAAAGAAACACAUAUUGAAAAGGGUGCAUAUAGUUCUCUUUACCAGCUAGAUUUUGAAAAUAUGAACAAAUUUCUUAGUCAACAAGGUGAUAAUGUUAGCUGUAAUGCUUCUGAACAAUGUCAGUCUCUUGGCUUUCAAAAAUAUGAGGUUUCAGAGUCAGGUCAGAUAUCUGAAAAAGAAGGUAAGGCAGAAUCAGAGGAUUUCAUUCUUGGUACCCAUUGUAGGAACAGACAACCCUAUCUCUCUAAUGCACUUUUGGAAUCAGAGCAAAGCCACCAUUGUUAUAGUUAUUCAGGGCAGCCUGAGAGAAAUGAUGGCCUCCUUUACCCAUGCAGUGUUUGUUGUAAAAGUUUCCGAUCUCCAUCUAAACUGGAAAGACAUUAUCUAAUUCAUGCAGGGCAGAAACCAUUUGAAUGCUCAGUUUGUGGCAAAACAUUCAGACAGGCUCCUCACUGGAAGAGACAUCAACUUACUCACUUUAAAGAACGACCACAAGAGAAAAUAGCUGUCUUAGAUUCAGUUAUGUAACUGAAAACCAUCAACAUGCUUGUCUCUGGUGAUCUUUUAAAACAUUUUUAUCUAAAGCCCUGCAUAUUGAAUGAUUGCAUAGGCAGUUGCUUGUCCUAUGUGGUAAGGAGACAAGAUAAAUAGAACAUUAAUACAAUGUUUUAGGAACAGCCAAAUUAAUUUUUAAAAGGAAGAACAUGGUUUAAUGUCAUAAAAUAAACAUUUAUUUUAAUAUUAUAAGCAUACUUUGGCUGUAUUGGAAGUUAUAAGUCCCUGUUACACAAGCAACCUUUUUUUUUCCCCCUUUUGUUUGUGGUGCUGGGUAUUGAACCCAGGGCCUUGUGCAUGCAAUGCAAGCACUCUACAAGUGAGCUAUAUCCCCAGCCCCACAACCUUAUUUUUGAAAGGAGUUAUUCCUUGAGA